AUUUCUAAGGUGUCACCUGGGGGUUCACAGUCUUCAUGAAGCUCCACAGAGAGAGGGGCCAGCAGAGAGCAGGCCCCAUGGAGCCCCCGUCAGGCCCUGCAAGCAGGAGGCAUGUCCCCUGGAACAGGCUCCUCCUGGCAGUCUCACUCUUAACCUUCCGGCACCCCCCCACUACUGCCCAGCUCACUAUUGAAAUGGUGCCCCCCUUUGCUGCAGAAGGGAUGGAUGUCCUUCUACUUGCCCACAACGUGACAGAGAAUUCUCUAGGCUAUGCCUGGUACAGAGGAGAAAGGGUAGAAAACAGCCAGUUAAUCACAUCAUACAGAGCAGACACUAAUACAACUACCACAGGGCCUGUAUACACGGCUCGGGAGACAGUUUACCCCAAUGGAACGCUGCUGAUCCAGAACGUCACCCAGAAAGACACAGGAUCCUACACCCUGCUCAUUUUGAAGUUUGAUUUACAGACAGAAAGACAGACUGGACACCUCCACGUACACCCCACCAGAGAAACUCAGGGGUUUGUACUCUCUGUUAUUUCCGCUGUGAUGCUACCCACACCUGUCAUCACCAGCAAUAACUCCAGUCCCUGGGAGCACAAGAAUACUAUCAUGUUAACAUGUGGACCUGAGACUCAGAACACCUCCUACAUGUGGUAGAUCAACACUCAGAGCCUCUCCAGCAGCACCAGGCUGGAGCUGUGUGAGGACAGCAGGACUCUCACUGUGGUCACUAUGACAAGGAAUGACACAGGACCCUAUGUGUGUGAAGCCCGGAACCCAGUGAGUGUCCGCCGCAGUGACCCAUUCACCCUGAAGGUCCUCUACCCAGUGGCACGGCCCUCCCUCCAAGCCACCAACACCACAGUCACAGAACAUGAGGGUCCUGUGGUCCUGACCUGCCUCACAGAUGAGACUGGGGUCUCCAUACGCUGGUUCUUCAAAGGCCAGAGUCUCCUCCUCACAAGGGGGAUGACACUGUCCCUGGACAAUAGCACCCUCACCAUAGACCCCGUCAGCAGAAAGGAUGCCGGGGAUUAUCAGUGUGAGGUCUCCAACAGGGCCAACUCCAGCAAAAGUGACCCGCACAGACUGAGUGUGACCUGGCAAGAAAACACCCAAGCGCUCAAUGUGGAGACCAUUGUUGGCAUCGUGAUUGGGCUCCUGCUUGUGCUGUCACUGGUGGCUGCCCUGGGAUGUUUCAUUUUCCUUCACAGAGGGAACUGGCUUCCAGCAUCCACCUCAGGACGUGGUCCCUCUGGCAGCUCUGUCUCCCAGGCCUCCCUACCUGAUGCCAGAUCACCAGCUCCCAUCUACCAGGAAUUACUACGCCCCGACACAGAUGUUUACUGUCAAAUCAACCACAAAGCAGAUAGGGCGGCAGAGCUCCUCCACAGUCGGGCGCCUCCACAGGGCUGCCCACCUCCUUCCCACUUAGCAGCUCCCACCGCCCAGCAGCCUCUGACCCUCAGCAACCUACUCCGUCCACGGUCCUCCCCACUCUCGCAGUUCCCCACACUGGACUCUGUCAGCUCCUCCUCCCAGCCAGGCCCACCUGAAGGCCAGACUCCCCUCAGGAGGCCCAGCGCAGAGCGGGAUGGACAGCAGAGCUCGCACAGCGACCGCAGGCCCUGUGAGCGUUUCUGGACCGGAAGUUCUCCUCACAGAGAGAGGGGCCUGCAGAGAGCAGGCCCCAUGGAGCCCCCGUCAGGCCCUGCAAGCAGGAGGCAUGUCCCCUGGAACAGGCUCCUCCUGGCAGUCUCACUGUUAACUUUCUGGCCCCUGCCCACCACUGCCGGCCUCAGUGUUGACACGGUGCUCCCCCUUGCUGCAGAAGGGACAGAUGUUCUUCUACUUGCCCACAACAUGACAGAGAAUAGUCUAGGCUAUGCCUGGUACAGAGGAGAAAGGGUAGAAAACAUCCAGUUAAUUGCAUCAUACAGAGUAGACACUAAUGUAACUACCAAAGGGUCUGCACACAGCGGAAGAGAGACACUUUACCCCAAUGGAACCCUGCUCAUCCAGACUGUCACCCAGAAAGACACAGGAUCCUACACGCUGCUCGUUACAAACGAUGAUUUACAGACAGAAAGACAAACUGGGCAUCUCUGCAUACACUCGGUGCUACCCACACCCGUCAUCAUCAGCAACAACUCCAGCCCCUGGGAACACGAGGACACUGUGGUAUUAACGUGUAGAUUUGAGACUCAGGACAUCUUCUACAUGUAUUCGAUCAACAAUCAGAGCCUCCACAACAGCACCAAGCUGGAACUGUGCAAGAGAAACAGGGUUCUCACAGUGUUCAAUGUGACAAGGAAUGACACAGGACCCUAUGUGUGUGAAGCCCGGAACCCAGAGAAUAUCAUCCAUGGUGACCCAAUCAACCUGAAUGGCCUCUGGCCAGUGGACAGAAUGACCUCAGAGAGCAGCAGCCUCCAGCAGCCACCCUGGGUGAGUGUCUUCUCAGCCCACGAGCAGCUGGGACACCCUGUUCCUAUCCUCGUCUCUGCUCCAGCCAGCCACCGCCCUGGGGCUUCAUCACAGGGGAUCCGCACUGACUGGCCUGCUAGAUGUGACAUGAUCCCUCUGGCAGCUCUGUCUCCCCGGCCUCCCUACCCAGCCCCAGGCCAAUUGUUCCCCUCUAUGAGAUCUCUACUGCCAGAUCCACCCCGAAGUAGAUGUGGUUUCUUAGUUUGCUCCAGGAACUUCCCCCUAAGGGCUGUGGAGAAGAGCCCGCCUGAGACCCAGAGUCUGAGUGAGGUCAGAAACCUGAAGCAGAGAAACAGCUGCGACCUGUGAAGAUACUGGGGGACCUGGGCUCAGCCUUAGUGUCCCUCCUGGCCUUCUGGAGGCCCUGACAAGGCUGCUCUGAGCCCUGGAUGGAUGAAGGCAAGGACUUCCAUUCCCUGAGGAACUGAGGGCUUCCAAGGGAAGUGGCUGGGCCUGUGACCCACUGAGAGGUGGGCUGUGGACCACCUGAGAGGCCUGAAUAAAGAGAACUUUCCUCUCA